AUGAACUCUCUGUGGUCCUCGAAGUCGGUCGACGAUGACGUCCCCGCUACAAAGGAGCCACCACCUACCGGCGAUGUCGCCGAUGCCGUCGUCGCAGAUGUCGGUCCCGAUGCGGACAACCCACCGCCCCCUCCGCCUCCGGCACGACCAUCUUUGCAACGAAACACCUCCGCACCAUCUGCCGUUCCCGCGCCGGCUCCAGUCCCCCCCGCUCCGAUGCCUCCUGCGCCUUCCGAUCAACCGCAACCAACCGACUCGCUGUCACUGAUGCAGUUGAGGCGAAUAGUCGCCGAGUUCAGCCGUGGCGAACCCGUUGCAUACGACUUCGUCUAUAGCGACAUGGGCUCGCACGACGAGGAGAUUGAUGAAUGGUUCGUGUACCAGUUUUGGCAGUGGGUGCGGCUGAAUGCCGCUCAAAGAGCGUUCGAGUGGCAGUGGCAGCACGAGUACGAUAUGCAUACGACUUGGGAAGAGACGGAGCACGAGGCAAGAGCCAAGUUCACACAAGACGCCCUGGAUGGCCUCCAGGUCAACGACCUCACACAACGUUCAGCGUCCCUUGGCAAGAUCUUAUACUUGGUGUUGGGCCGAUGGGGUGAUACUUCCACCCCUGCGACCAUCGGCGACAGGAGGUCGGCUGCGAGUGCGACACAGCUGGUGGCCAUACGAUCAAGCAUUGCCUUCCUGACGUCCCUGGGUGGCAUUGGCACAGUCUGGGAGGCUUUGCAAAACUGCUUCAAUGUGUUCUGGUUGGAUGACCCUCGACUCGCGCAACCAGGUGGUACCCAAGAGGCUCAGGAUGAACUGAUUAACCUAAUGACCAUUAUGUAUGUCAUUAUUCAGGAGGCUUUGAGCUUCCCUAAGGAACUCGAGACCACCAGAUCCGAACUUCUUUCUUUGAAACCCGGUCUUGUUGACUUUCUGUCCAUGGCAGCAGCUAAGCUGCGUUGGGACGAUGGCAACUUGAUGCCAUCCAGCCAGAUCUUUUUGCUUUUCUGGAAGACCGUUCUCCUAGUCUUUGGUGGCACGCAAGAGAUAGACGAGGCCAAAAAGGCCACCAGCGAAUCGCCGAACGUGAAAUCCAAGGAUGUCAUCACUGCGUCGCCUUUGGACUACCAUGUAUUCCGACAAGAACUCACUUCCAAAUACCCCGCCUACGUGCCGCCGAGGACGCUCAUUCCCCUCGAACCGGAGAACACGACUCUCCUGCCGCCGUUACCUAAUCACCCUACCAGAACUAGUGCGGCGAUAGGAAUUGUCCCGGGACCACCCAACCCACAAAGCAGCGGCGCUUCUAUCCUGCACCAGCCAGUCCACAUCGCGACACCUGCUCCUUCGCCACCUCCGUCUCCUGGUGUUGGGGGUAAGGGCGGGAAGAAACAAAACUAUCAGACGAACCAGAACUUCCCAUUCAUGUACCCUCCUCUGGAUGCCACCAGCAACAGUGCCGGUGGUAAAGGUGGAGCUGGGCUACAGGAGCAGCUUGUCGGUCGCAGAUGGGAGGGCAGUGAUAUUCCCGCGUCGAUUCUGGAGGCGGGAGAACUAUUCUCAAAGAGAGUUCGCAUGACGCGCGCUACACGCCAGUUUUGGGAAGAACGCGAAGGCUUCCUCAAAUUCGAGAGGGGAUGGGAAGCAGAGGACAGCGAUGACGACGUUGACAGCCUCGACCUUGAAGGGUUGAGUCUGGAAGAGAAGCAAGAAAUUGCUGCGCUCAAGGCCGAGACCCGGGCCGAAGAGCGCAGGGAGGCACAAGUUUCAGUUCGAGGGCCGGAAAUCGACUGCGGUCCUGCUGCAGACAAAGUGAGCGACGAGGUCAAGCGUCGACUGCUUGCUGUCGAGAGCUUCUAUAAGGAGUCUCUUCCUCACAUGCAGUCGCUCGUGAUCGUACUCCUGAGACCGAUCCUAGUGAACGUCACUGCUGUCUUAGCGCAGCCCGCCGCAGCACAACAACACCCGAGUAUGGCCGGUAGAGGGGCUAACGGGAUGAAUGGUGGCCCAGGGUCUAACAGGCAACAACAAACCCAGGAGCCCUCGUCAACGCAGUCAGGCCCCGCCGAGCUUCCCGAGAUGUCGCCUGAAGAGGUGGAUGCCGCAAGGUCCCGAGAGAUCACCACCAAAGCCGUGACGGCCAUCUUGCUCCUCCUGUUGAAGUGGCUUAGAGUCUCUCACGUUCUCAAGUUCGAAUACAUGACACAGCUUCUGCUCGACUCCAACUACCUCCCACUAGUGCUCAAGCUGUUUGCGCAUCAGGACGUCCAGCAAGUCGUUGACAGUAAGACAGACAGGCUCGAAAACAGUUUCUUCCACUUCUGCAAUCUGCGGUCCAAGUUCAAGGACCAGCCGCCCGUCCAGGGAGAGCCCGAGGAAGAGAGCGAAGACGAAGCGGCGCCACCGCCUAUCAAGAGAAGGCGGUCACCACCCCGAGCAACAACGGCCGCCACGAGCGAUGGCGACGACAACGCUAGGGUCGAGGGACAGGCUGCGGUGCGGCCUGAAGUCGACGAGCUCGGGUAUCCCGUCAACGACCUACCGGCCGAGCCGAUCACCGACUUCUCGAGGAGAAACUUUUUCUCCUUGAUCAACUACCUCCGGAUCAUGCAGAAGAUAUGCAAACACAAGGCCCACAGAAAUCUCCUUCUAGUGCAGUACAAGUCGGCCAACAUCCUUCGCAAGUCUCUCAAGAUUCCCCAGCCGGAGCUCCGGCUGUACACCUUGAAGCUGUUCAAAAACCAGGUUCCAUACUGCGGCCGCAAGUGGAGACAGAGCAACAUGCGCGUCAUCACAGCGGUCUAUCUACACUGCCGGCCCGAACUGCGUGACGAGUGGCUGGCGGGCAGCGAUGUCGACGCCGAUGUCGAUUCGGCACUGCCCUUGGAGCAGGCGCUGCGCAGCCUGACCCAUUGGUUCAACGUACGGUGGUAUCCGGAUAAAAUUGCCGUCGAGCUGCGGGCUGCCCUGCGGGAGGAACAGGACUUUUUCACGAGGGAACUGGAAAAGUUGGACAUGAACUGGGCCGACGUGGGUCUCGACGAUGGCGCAAACAGUGAGUGGGACGAGGCGGCCGGAUGGCCAUGA